AGAAGAUCAACUUGUUCCCGCCCUAGUACCAGCGGGUUUUGGUCCUGGUCGUGUUCCUCGGAAUCAGAUCGUUGAUUCUCUGCUCCAUGAGCCAGGGGAGCCUGCUGACGAGCUCCACGACAAUAUUUACGAGCUCGAAAACGCUCUAGAGGAACAUGUAAUGCGACGUAGAAGACUGCAAGGACAGUUCGGCAGGGAUGGAGAGGCACCGGCACCCAUACUGAGUCCUUCAUCAGCGCCUUGGUCUCUUAUGGGUCAGUCUUAG